UUCUAACCUCCUUGUUGUCUUGUCUGUCUGAACCUGAACCGUGAAAAGAGAUCUUAACUGUCACCGUAUUAUCAAUUUGUUGCGAUAUUUAUGCUAGGUUUAUGAAUCAGCAUUAGUACCGUUGUGUUAUUGAUUAGAUAUAAAUAUACCAAAUUCAUCUCUUUUUAAGCUCAGAAAGAAUAUGAAUUGGUUUGGUGGUUCCGUGGCUGAUGCUGUUAAUGAAGCAAAAAGAAAUGGCAAAUUGUUUUUAGUAUAUAUUGAAGGUACUGAUGAUAUGUCGAAGCAAAUGAGUGCUUCAUAUGAUGAUCCAGUAGUAGCUCAAAAAUUAUCAACUGAAAAUAUUAUAGCCUUGAAACUUGUUCCCGAUAGUGUGCCAUAUAUCCAAUUUUCUUCAAUAUAUCCAGUGUUGGUUAUACCUUCUUCUUAUUUCAUUGGUGUAAAUGGAGCUCCUAUUGAAGUGAUUACUGGAAGUUUGCUUCCAGCAGAUUUUUCUGUUAAAAUUGAUAAGGUACUUGAGGUAUUUGAAAAAAGUGCUGUUAAAAAGAAGAGCAAUGUGGCUGUGCCAUCAUCUUCAGAAUCUCCUGCUCCUUCAUCUUCCAAUAAAGAAAAUGUUUCUGAAGAGCCAUCUUCCUCCGAAACAGCUGAUGAGGCAGAAUCUAAAUUAACAUUACAAGCAAAAGUUGAAAGAGCUAAAGCAUUAUUAGAAGCACAGAAACAAAGCAGAGAAUUAGAAGAAAAGGAGAAAGAAAAAAAAGAAGAAUUAGAAAGAAGGAGUAUUGGAAAAGCCAUGCAGCAAGCAGAGCAGGCAAAACGGGACACUGAAAUGAGAGAAUGGGCAAAAAAUCGAGCUAAGGAAAAGGAGGAAGAAAGAUUGGCAAGGGAAAAAGUUAAAGCCAUGAUAGCACAGGACAGAGCUGAACGAGCUGCAAAAUAUCAAAUGACUAAAGAAGCUGAGCAAGCCGAGAGAGAAAGACAAGCUAAAAUACGAGAAGAACAGGAAAGAGCAGCAAGGAGUGCCGCAAUGAACAGCAAUGAAGCACGCAUUCAGUUUCGUCUUCCUGACGGCUCAUUUACUACUCACAGUUUUCCUGCAGAUUCAUCGCUUGAAGAAGCAAGAAGGUUUGUUAUAGAAGAAGUGCGGCCCCCUUUUACAAAUUUUUCUUUGUGCACUACAUUUCCAAGAAGGCAUUUCACAGAAUCAAACUAUUCUGAAACUUUGAGAGAUCUGCAGUUAGCUCCAUCUGCUGUGCUUCUUGUUCUUCCUGCUCAGGCUGUUGCAAGUAUAAAUAAAAAUGCAGGUUUCCUUUCCAAUCUAUUUUGGAUGCUGAUUUCACCAUUAACAAGAAUAUGGAGACUAUUUCAAUCAUUCUUUCCUGGGUCUUCACAAGAACCAAAUCGCCCUCCUUCAGAAGUUCCUACGAAUGCGCAGCAACCAUCUACUAGUGCAAAUCGAGCAAGUGAUAAUGACAGACAAUCAACAACAAGAAGAAGAGAGCCAACAUUUUAUAAACGUGAAGGUAAUGUGUUUCGUAUAAAUAAUCAAAGUGAUGAAGAUGAAAAUAAUACUUGGAAUGGGAAUUCUACCCAACAGAUGUAACAGAUAUGCAGUAUAGAUGAGUUCCAUUUCAAUAUUAAAAAUUUAACUUUUAUUUUUCAAUUUAUAAUAUGGUUUACGAUUCUUUAAAAAUUCCACUGCUUUUAAAAGUUUAAAUUUUAUGUACAUGAGUCGUGUGAAAUAAAAAAUUUCUGAUGUUA